AUGUCCGCAAUUAAAAUAAAGCCAUUUCCUAAACCACAACCAAGUACAUCAUUGCCACAAAGUUUAUAUUUAAAUGAAUCUUCAUUGCAAUGUUCUAUUGAAAAUGAAUUUGGUGGCAAUGCAAAUAAUAUAGACUGGGGUAGUUCAUUUAUCAUAGCAGAUACUAAUGCUGUGGAAUUAGAUGACCAUCAAUCUUUAAAACAAGUUUCUUCACCAACUUGUGAUAAUACGGCAUUACUGAAUGCAUCAGAAGAUCCUUUAAUUAAAUCAGCUUUCUACAAUAAAACAAGAUCUAAACUGCCAGAAAUGUCAGAGAAAGGUAUUUAA